AUCGCCACCUUCCCCAGCUUUGGAAUUUUUCCCCUCUCUCUCUCUGCCCCCAUAAUAAGACCACAGCCUCUCCCCACCUUCAUCAUUUGCAGAACCAGAAAAGCUUAAGCUUCAUCUACUCUCUCUCUCUCUCUCUCCUUCUCUCUCUCUUUCUUUCUCUCUCUAGCUACUGCUGCUCGCUCUUGUAGCCCCACAAUGCCUUGCGCGACGUCGCUCCCCUGAAAUCCCCCCACGAUCACGCAUUCGCCGCCGCCGCCGCCGCCGCCGCCGCCGUCGACGACGAUGGACUUCGACCUUGAAAACCCGCUGACCAACUUCGACGAUCGCUUCCCCGACAAGACCUUCCUCUUUCUCGUCGAGUCGGACCACAUGCCGUCCGAGAAGUACCUCGCGGGGCUUCGGUCGGUCGGUUGCUCCGACGAUCUCUCUGUUCGACGGGACAUUGUGUCUUUGAUCUCGCAGUUGUGUUGCAACUUGGACCCGACGCUAUCGUACCUCGCGAUCAAUUAUGUCGAUCGGUUCCUGUCCUCCCAUAAAUUGCAGAGACCGAAGCCAUGGGUCUUGAGGCUUCUUGCCGUUUCUUGCGUGGCUCUGGCCGCGAAAAUGCUGAAAACAGAGAUCUCUCUCGCCGAUGUUCAGAGUGAUGGAGGAGGUUUCAUAUUCGACGCACACUCAAUACAGAGGAUGGAGUUGCUCGUGUUGGGGGCUCUCCAGUGGCGAAUGCGCUCGAUCACUCCCUUCUGUUUCAUCUCCUUCUUCGUCUCUCUGUUGAAACUCCGAGACCCACCAUUGAGGCAGGCUAUCAGAGCUCGAGCGAGCGAGAUCAUCCUCAAAGCUCAGAACGACAUCAAGCUUCUGGAGUUCAAGCCAUCAAUAACGGCAGCGUCAGCGCUUCUCCGCGCUUCUCAAGAGCUAUGCCCCUUGCAAUUUGCGACCUUCAAGAGCGACAUCUCCAGUUGUUCGUUUGUAAAUAAGGAUAUAUUGCUGCAUUGUUACAACGAGAUGCAAGACGCAGCGACGGAGGGAUUCGAGUCAGCGCUUGAUGUUCACUCAAGCUCGGACACGCCCAUUAAUGUGCUGGACCACCAUUUCUCGUGCUCGGACAGUGAGAUGACCAAUGUCGCAGCGUCCACCGUCAGAUCGCAGCGAUCCCUCAAGAGGAGAAAAACCCAGUAAAACCAAAUAAUCCAAUAGUAGUAUUCAACUAAAGGGGACUCCCCUGUCUCUGCGAAAUAGUUAAUUGUUUUUAGUGUCAGCGUUGAGACUUCGAAAACGACACCAGCUGGUUCAAAGAACGAAGAGAGAGAGAGAGAGAGUGGGGAGUGGAUGUUUCGAGGGACAAAAUCGCUGCGACGCGAUCUCUGUACGGGCCCUCCAUUAACGCUCGCUGUGCAAAAGUGGAGGGUCCGAGCAGCAGGAGCGAAGCGCAAAAGCAAAAGCGGGAAGAAUGUCCUGUUUGGUUUCGGUUUCGGUUUGUUUGGGGGAAACCAAAUGCAGAGACGAAAUUGGUAAAAAGGGCUUUUUGCUUGGCCUGGCGUUUCUCUGUUCUGGUG